GGCCGGGCCGGGCGGCGAUGGCGGCGGGACGCGCCCGUGGCUGGGCAGUCAUGCUGGUCCUGCUCCUCUCGCUCGUCGCGUUGCCGCUGCCGGGCGCCGCCUCGGCUGCCGCCCUGCCUGUAGUCAUCAACACCUGGGCGUUCAGGACGGCCGCAGAGACAGCUUGGAGAGUACUCCAGUCGGGAGGUUCUGAGCUGGAUGCAGUUGAGAGGGGUUGUGGGCAGUGUGAGAUUGAUCAAUGCGAUGGGAGUGUGGGAUACGGAGGAAGCCCAGAUGAAAGUGGAGAAACAACUCUGGACGCAAUGAUUAUGGAUGGCAACACUAUGGAAGUUGGGGCUGUUGCAGGUCUCAGACGUGUAAAAAAUGCAAUCGGUGUAGCACGAAAGGUCCUUGAAUACACCAAGCAUACAUUAUUAGUGGGAGAGUCAGCCUCCCUGUUUGCUGUAAGAAUGGGGUUUCCAUAUGAAGAUUUAACAACCCAGAAAUCACUUUCGCUGUAUUCAGAGUGGCUGAAUCGAAGCUGUCAGCCAAACUACUGGAAGAAUGUGGUACCAGACUCUUCAAAAUCCUGUGGACCAUAUAAACGACCUGGAAGAGUAACUUAUAAAGAAGAACAGACCAUCUCACAAAGAAAUGUUCAGAACCAUGAUACUAUUGGUAUGGUUAUAAUUGGUGUGAAUGGAACCGUUGCUUCUGGGACAUCUACUAAUGGUGCAGUCCACAAAAUUCCAGGCCGUGUUGGAGAUUCUCCGAUAGCUGGAGCAGGAUCCUAUGCGGACAGUACAGCUGGAGGAGCUGCUGCCACUGGGGAUGGUGACAUUAUGAUGCGCUUCUUACCCAGUUAUCAAGCUGUGGAAUAUAUGAGGAUGGGAACAGACCCAACAGUAGCCUGUCAGAAAGUUAUUUCCAGAAUCCAGAAGUAUGCUCCGAAGUUCUUUGGUGCUGUCAUUUGUGCCAAUACAACGGGAAGUUAUGGUGCUGCAUGUAAUAAAAUUCCAGGAUUCACUCAGUUUCACUUCAUGGUUUCUAGCCCUUUGCUAAAUCGACCAACUGAGAAAGUCGUAGAUUGCAUUUAAUUUCUUCUGUCCAGUUAGCAUCUCAGUUUAGAAGAGGAAAGUGCUAAGAUUCCCCAGGAGUUACUUUUUAAAAUGGUUGUUUCAAGCAUCUAAUAGCUGGAACAGUCUGUUUGUUUUCCUGAGAACUGAGUAGCUAAAAGUAAUGAAUAGUAACCAUGGAACAAGACCUUUGCUUUGCCAUUUAAAAACAUAUUUGUCAGAAAUCUGGAGUAAAGGGCUGGAAUUAUAACUCUACACAUGAUUAUUUUGAGAAUACCUAAUUCUCUUUCUAAGAUUUAGUCUAGGUUUUCUCUUGAAAAUACAACUGCAUAAAAAUGCUGACAAGCAAGGAAAGGGGGUUGAAGAGUGGUGGAGACUAUUUCAAAGCCUUAAUGAAGAGAUAAGAACCAUCUCCUUUUGGACCAUUCUGACUUGUUUCACAACAGCUGAGAAUACUUUUGAAUAGAGAGAACGUGUAAGCAUCCGUGGUAUUACAAACCUUCAAGGAAUAUUGUUUAAUUCUGACUGGAUGUGAAGACAUCUGGAAGUCUUCCUGUCACCUGUUUUUUGUAGUGGAAGUUAAGUUAUGAAUCAUAGUCGCAGUGAUUUCUUUCACUAAUAUUCUGUGCACUCACCCUUUCCUGUAGCACAUUUACCCCUGCAAAGGCACAGUUAAAUACCUAGAGUAUGACAGUUACCUACAGUUUGGGGUUUUGUCACUUUCUGUGUCUAGAGACAGAAGGAUUCAUUUGUAGAAGAACUCCAGCUCAUGAGGAUUGUUCCAUAGGUAUUUGAAGAUCUGUUUGAUUGUUCUCUUAACUUGGCAGCCUGCUGAUCAUUUGAUUGAAUCUGUUAAACUUGAGCUAGGAAAAGGUAAAAGGGGGGAGCAAGUAAAAUGAGUGUCUUGUCACUUUAAUUUUUCUUUGUCUACUUGAAUAAAAUGAUUGAGUAAUAAAAGCACACCUUUAUGUAUCAUCUGUAAGUAAGUUUGUUUAGAUGCUUGUCUACCUUAGAGUAAUUGUUCCCUUGUGUUCCAAGUUGGUAUCUUUAAAAGCUGGAAACAAACCGUUCAAACAAGAAUAGCUAUUUUGAAUGGCCUGCUGUUGAAAUUCAUCAACAAAGGGAUUUAUUCAGAGGAUUCACUUCUGUCACUGGAUCUUGUAGCACAGAAUUCACUGCAGGCCACAAUAAGCUUUUAUCAAGUGAAGCUCCAAGUGAAUAUAUCUGUAGUGGUUUAAGAUAAGUUUUCUACCUGUCCUACUUACAAUCUGCCAUGGCCGCUCUAUCUUCAGAUAACCCAGGCAGUCAAGUGCAAAUAGAUUAAUAAAAUCCCAGUGAUUUUUAUGCUGAAGAUUGCAUUGUGGAUUAUAAACAUAGGAGGUUCAGUAGUGGGAGCUGAGCAGUAAUGUCUCAAACUGCUGUAGUUGAAUCCACCAGGACUCAGUCAUGAAAGAGGUUGGGAACAUCCAUGGCAUGCUUUCUGGUGUGCUUAUGUCACUCUGUGCUAGUGAGUGUGUGCCAGUGGAGGUUAUGGGUGCCCUGUAACAGUGUACCUUGAAUUCACUGUUGCAGUGAUAACUCCCUGCGUAGUGAGCUCCUCUGUGCUGGACGACAGCUGGCCAAGAAAGCCAAUGGAAUCCUGGCCUGUAUCAAAAAUAGUGUGGCCAGCAGGACUAGGGAAGUACUUGUCCCUCAGCACUUGUCCCUCAGUACUUGUACUCAGCACUGGUAAAGCCACACCUGAAGUGGUAUGUCCAGUUUCGGGUCUUUGACUACAAGAAAGACACUGAGGUGUGGGAGCAUGUAUAGAUAAGGGCAGUGCAGCUGGUGAAGGGUCUAGAGAGUGAGUCAUAUGAAGAGUGACUGAGGGAGCUGGGAUUGUUUAGCCUGGAGAAAAGGAGGCUCAGGGGAGACGUUAUUGCUCUCUACAGCUACCUGAAAGGAGGUUGUAGCAAAGCAGGGGUCAGCCUCUUUUCCCAGGCAACUAGAGACAGGACAAGAGAAAAUGGCCUUAAGCUGUGCCAGGAGAGGUUCAGGUUGGACAUCUGGAAGAAUUUUUUCACAGAAAGGGUGGUCAGGCAUUGGAAUGGGCUGUCCAGGGAAGUGGUGAAGUCACCAUCUCUGGAAGUGUUCCAUAAAUGACUGGAUAUGGCACUCAGUGCUACAAUUUAGUUGGUGGUUUUUGGUCAGAGGUUGGACUCGGUCUUGGAAGUCUUUUCCAACCUUAAUGAUUCUAUCUUAAUUACUUGUCUCCAUGAGACAUAGAUACUAAUCCAUGUGGUUUGAUAAUGUAGAUUGUUUUAUGACAAAGAGUUAUAAAUGAAAGGGUUAAUUUUUGUAAAUGAUUUUGAUAUAUUGUUAAUUUCACAGUAUAUUAUAAUACCAAGAAUGUACCAUUCUGCUGUUAUGUGCAAAAUUCUGAAUUUAAAAAAUAAAAUGCUUAAUAUAUUGUCUUUAAAAUAUUUCUUUAAAUGUUACUAGUGGUGUCCUGUUAUGCUUAGCAGACACAUUAAUUUUUUAAGAAAGAUAAAUAUCAAAUACAAACUCUUGCCAAAAGCAAGCAAAAGCUGUGACAGGUUCCAUUGGUAUUGCAAAGAAAAAAACAAAAAAACUGUUUUCUGUUUCAAGAAAUUUUGUAUUUUUAAGUUUUUACUCUCCAACUUUUACUACAAAAAGCAAAAAAACCUCUGCAAAUAUGAGCAUUUGUGAUACAAUUGAAUGCAUCCUGUCUGUAAAGUUGUGGAAUGUUUUUAAGUUCAUUAACUCCUAGCUAGCCUGCUUUUUUUUUCUGUUUCUAAAACUUCUUACCAAACUAAUGCUUUUAGUUAAAGUAGACAGAGGAAGAAUCUUAGCUCAGUGGUCUGACUAAGAAAGCGAACUAUGCCCUCUUUUUGCACGGCAUCGAAUUGUUCUUUAAUAAAGCAAUCUGUGUGAACCCUGACAAUGUUUUGUAUGCACUUAUUGAAGAAAACUUCCUUAUCAUUUCACCAUUUGUAGGUUAUCACUGAAAUGCAUUCCUUCAUCUGUAACUGCCUCAGUCGGGAACAAUUCAGAGUUUCAGAGAAUUCAAGGUUGAUCUCAGACGGAAUCUACAAGUAGUACUGUAUAAAUAGUGAAUCUAUUAUCUCUUCACGGAAUAAAACCAACAGUGAUGCUGAAAUUCUGUUAGCACUUGUUGUUUGGGUUUGGUUAUUACAUGACUGCUAUAACUCACAGCACUGUUCAUUCUUGUUUUGAAACAAAGUUUGUGCAGGAUUUAAUUGCUAUUAUCUGUGGUCUGUGUGUGUGAGGAAACAUCAAUGAUAGAGUUAAAUUUAUUCUAGCUCUAAUUUACAGCAGGUAUGUUACAUGUGAGGCACUGAACUGCAAAUGUUCUCACUGAGGGUUCUGUUCAUUCCUCCAUCUGAGUUCCAUUAAAUUUACAACAUUG